UCGUAAGCUCAGAGCUUUUCCUAGACUUUUGACCAGUGCUUAAGGAAACAGAAUCGAAUUAGUUAAGCAAUAAAAACGACUAACUUGUGUCCGCUGCAAGGUGGCAAUUGUGGAAAGCAGCCUUGAAAAACAACCCAAGUGCACGUAAAAGAGCGGGACGGUUUUUUUUUUUUGAAUACAUUUUGCGUGCUAUUUACAUGCACAUCAGACACCGGAUACGGAUUUACGGUCACGAUUCACAACGCAUAAUCUGAUACCGUAGAAAAACAAAGCCCCAAAAAAACCGUCCUAAAUUAAAUCUUAAUUCCAGUGGGGAAGGAAAAUGGAAGCGAAAAUGAAAUUGAUGUCUUGUUGCGGUAAUACCUGCGGCCAAGGAUAAUUGAUUCUGUGACUAGUGAAAUAUUAUUUCUUUUGCAUGUUUAAAAAGUUCAAGGAAGCACGUUUUAUAUUUUGAUUUAAUAAUUGCGUUUUUGCUUGUUUCAUGAUUAAAUUGGUACAUUCAACGGUUCGGAUAGUAGUCCCACUGAUGGUUAUCUCCCUUUCAUUGGCAUUCGGACAAUACACAGGCUGUGAUUACUAUCAACAAGUCGUCACCGGCGAAUCGUAUGCUAUCUACUCACCCAAUUAUGACCAGUUGUAUCAGGCCAACACGCACUGUCGUUGGACUCUGUCCACCACCCCGGGAUCAAGAAUUGCCUUAUCUUGUCCCGAUGUUUACAUUCCACAGAGCACUUCAUGUUACUACGACAAAUUGUUAAUCUCAACUGGAGGUAAAUUGGAUCUUUCAGAUUCGAAAGCCUACUGCGGAACCGGUACUGUAACCACGGAGUCUAUUGGAAGUUCAAUGGUUGUUACGCUGGAAGUGUCCACAGCAACGCACGGUGGAAGGUUCUACUGCACUGCUAAGAAAAUCAACUGUCAAUGUGGUAUGAAACGUAAGAAAAAAAUUGUUGGAGGUACAGAAACCUUAGUCAAUGAGUUUCCAAUGAUGGCUGCACUAAUUGAUAUGGCUAGCGGAAAUGGGAUAUUUUGCGGUGCCACAAUCAUUAGCAACUUUCAUGCAAUAUCGGCUGCCCACUGCCCCAUUGGCCAUAGUAUCACUAACCUGGCCCUGUUAGUAGGAGAUCACAAUAUCACCUCCGGUACGGAUACACUAUAUGCCGCCAUACACCGCGUUGCAUCUAUUAAAACGCAUGAGUUGUACAACAUGGAAACUAAACUCAAUGAUAUCGCAAUUGUUCGCGCCGCUACAGAGAUUAUUUUCUCAGCCGGUGUUGGUCCAGCUUGUUUACCCUUCAAAUAUUACGGAGCAACAUUCGUAGGAUUGGAGCUAGAGGCUGUAGGCUGGGGUUCGACAGAUUUUGGUGAUCCAAAGUCAAAUGUUCUGCUGAAGGUCAGCCUAACCGUGAUCGAUCCCAGCAAAUGUUAUGCGACGUUCAAAAACUACGCAAUUACUCAAAUUUGUACUUUUGUGCCUGGGAAGGACACAUGCCAGAGUGACUCAGGUGGGCCAUUAUUAUACACUGACUUCUACAAUGGCCUGGUUUAUCUUAUUGGUACGGUAAGUUAUGGUAUGGCUUGUGCCACUAAUGAUCCGAGUGUGAGUACCAGAGUUACAGAGUAUAUGGAUUGGAUUAUGAAAAACACUCCUGAAUGGACAUAUUGUUAUCAAUAAAAUAUGUUAAAACUGAA